AGGCCAGCGGGAUAGUUCCUCUACUAUCCACGCCACCAACUAUUACCUUUAGUAAUUAGGUGGUGAGCGAAGCGGAGCGGAGCGAGCCACCGUGCCCGAAGCGUGGCGAGCGAACUUUUCGGGUACCCUGUUCGCCGUAGCUCCUCCCCCUGGUGACGUAGCUCCUCCCUCAAUACGUCACAAGGUCCCUUCAGCCCCUCCGAUAUAGAACCAACCGCCUCAGCCUCCCAUCACAGUCACGCUGCCGGGACUGCCCUCACCGCUCUAAGCCCCGCCCAUUCCUGCAUCAAGUCACUCCCACUCCUGUCCUGUAGUGAAAUACGAUGACGUCACGAUUUGGCUCCCUAUUGGGCUGCCGGGCUGUACCAUGUCUGUAGGGGUGUUACUGUGUGCAUUGCGUUCCAUUUUUGCUAUCCACACGAAUCGUUCGAGUACGGAGAUCCCCAAUCGCGCAGGAAUUGGUACACUCUGGGCCUCGUUGCUGUUCGUUGUUCCCAGGAGCGGAAGGAGCUGAGAGUCCGGUACUAGGUGAGGGGGGCAUCUCUAGUGGAGGCCAAGGGAGCCGGGGGGUGAAAUCUUGGAGCUCCAGCUAGUAGAUCAGUGUAAAGAUGCCUGCGGCUGACUUCUUGCUUGAGAGAGCAAGCUGUGUAGAAACGUAGACCGGCGAAGAUUCUGGAGCCUUGUUGGUAAUAGGAGCAUGGCAAAUCUGUGUAGUUCAUUUCAGUAGUUGCUGCACAGGUUUAUGCUUUUAUCUCAAAAGAAUUAUUUUUCCAACCUUUGCUGGAUAGAAACAACUGCAAGCUAUGGACUCGCAGAAACUCCCUGAUCCAGGAGAAACCAAUGGAAGACCCCAGUCCCAUCCUGAAUUAGAACUGGAGAGAGAUGAUGACUCUGGGAUAGAAGACGAGCUCAGGGUAGAAGACGCAGACUCAACCAUCUUUGUGGCGUUUAAAGGGGACAUUGGUGAUGCAGACUUACAAAACAAACUGGAGAAGAUAUUGUAUGGAGUACCUGAUCUAAUUAGCAUGGAGUCCAGCCAGAUGAAAGUUCAGAAGGUGGAGCCAUGGAAUAGUGUUCGGGUCACGUUCAACAUCCCCAGAGAAGCUGCUGAACGUCUGCGCCUCCUAGCUCAGGGCAACAACCAGCAGCUGCGGGAUCUAGGAAUACUGUCAGUCCAGAUUGAAGGAGAAGGGGCCAUCAACCUAGCAUUAGCCCAGAAUCCUGCACAGGAAGUGAGGAUGAACGGCCCAGUGGCAGCAAAUAAUGCUAUGAGAAUCGAUUCAAGCUUUGCUGUGCAAAACAGAGCAGGCCUUAUUAGGAUGAACAACCCGGCCGCAGCAAGCAUGAUGUCCCAGGGCGCUCAUGUUUCAGCUACUAUGAUGACUGCCAGUGGAAGCACUGAAAUCCAACAAAGGGCCCCAAGGCCGCCUCAGCAGCAAGAUGCUGUGGAUCCCAUGGUUUCUGGUUUAAAUGUCCAGCAGCAGAGCCACCCCUCUGGUUCCCUGGCCCCUCAGCUACAUCCUAUGCAGGCAGUUGUUUCCAACAGACCUGUUAAUCCGGCCAACUUUCAACAGUUUCAGCAGCAUGCUCGUCUAGCCCAGCAUCAGCAACAAGUAUCCCAGGGUCUUCGUCCCUCCUUUGCAGCUCCUGCACAAGUACCAGUGCCUCCAGGUUGGAAUCAGCUUGCAUCAGGAGCACUGCAGCCUCCACCAGCUCAAGCGAGUAUGACGUCCAGCCAACAGUGGAAGAAAACUGCAAUGGGUGGAGGUCCAUUACAGCAACCACAGCAAUUCCCCCAGAGAUCCUCACUAUCUGCAGUGCAAACACCCUCCCAUCCUCCCCCUCCAUAUCCAUUUGGUAGCCAGCAGACAACUCAAAUUCACUCCAAUUUCCCUACAAUAGCGAAUACAAAUCAGUUCAGCACACCUCCAAUGAAACCUAUGCAGGGAGGACCCCCAAGAGCGCUAACUCCUCUGCAGCAACCACAUCUCUCCAAGUCUCCCGCUUCUUCUCCCUCCUCCUUUCAGCAGAGCUCUCCAGCCUCUUCCCCUACAGUAAACCAAACCCAACAGCAGGCCAUGACAUCAAGGGCAGGCCAGGGCAGCACGUUGCCUCAGGGGUUCCAGCAACAGCCUAUUGGCUCCCCAGGCCGCAGUGGCAUGAUGCAGCAGGGUAAUGCAGCAGGAAACUUUAUGAUGCAACAGAAUCAGGGUCCACAGAAUAUUCAUACAGGAGUUCUCAAACGGCUCCCUCCUGGUUUCGCAGCAGGACAAGCAAAUGCUAAUUUUCUGCAAGCACAGACCCCACCCAGUGCUGCAGGGUCACCAGCCAAUGGUGGUGCAGCUCAACAGCAGGGAAACUCCUCCGGGCAGGGAUCAGGUGGUCAGGCAAAUGGAUCUUCCCACAGUCAAAUGCAGGGAUCGCAUGUAGGGCCUAACCUGAUGCAGGCCAAUUUGAUCGGACUACAUAAUAAUCAGCAGACUAGUGGUGGUGGAGCAAACCAAGUCAACAUGGGUGGUCUGCAUGGUCAAUCUCAGCAAGGAGCACAGUCUCAGAUUCUGGGCAUGCACCAGCAAAUUAUUUCCUCCCAAGGCCAAAUGGUGAAUCUUCAAGGACAAGCACCUCUGACCACACAGGGCCAGCUGGUACUUUCACGGAACCAGCUGUUAUCACAGGGACAGAUGUUAGGAGCAUCCCAGAACUUGGCUCAGACAACUCAGAGGAUGACGCCACCUAAGCAAAUGAUUCCUUCCCAUAAUCAAAUGAUGGUUCCCCAAGGUCAGACUGUAAUUCAACAGAAUCCUGUAAUGGAGCAUAUUAUGCAAGGAAGUAAGCAGGGAUUUAGUAAUCAACACCCUGCAGGGACCAUGGCAGGACCUAGUCAGAUAAUAAGGGGACCAACCAGUGGUGUGACUAACAACAUGUUGCAGUACUCAGGGCAGACUAUUUCCCAACAGGGGAGUGGUAAUCCUUCACAGGGUGUUAGCAUGCAAAGUCAGGUUCUCCGACAUACUGGACCCGGUCAGCACCUCCAACAACCACAUGCAGAAUCUGCUGCACAAGUUAGCAGUGAUUUGGGCUCUAUGUUGUCUGAUAUUUCCAUGCAGCAAGCAGCCAACAUGGCUCAACAGCACCCUCAGCACCUGCAGAACAUGCCUGGGAAUGGUGGUCCUGGCCAGCACUUUUCAGGGCAUGGUCUACCAUUCAACUCUCCAUUUGCUCAAGGUGGGAAUGGAAAUCAGCUUUCAUGUGGUCAAAAUUCCCCUUUCCCUGUCAACAAAGAUGUUACUUUGACCAGCCCUCUCUUGGUAAACCUCCUCCAGAGCGACAUCUCUGCUGGGCACUUUGGUGUGAAUAGCAAACAGAACAGCAGUGCUGCCAAACCUAAGAAGAAAAAACCACCAAGGAAGAAGAAAAACCAGCAGGGAGAAGAACAUCUAGGUACCUCCGAGUCACGAAUGGAGGACUCUGAUCAGACUGGGAUAGUAGGAGAUCAGUUGGGAGCUCUAGAGGCUGGACAGAAGCUUUCUGAAUACACAAAUAGACCACCCGGCUAUCCUGCACAAGGGCUUGAGCAAAGACAGCUUCAGCAGAUACCUCCUCAGUUAAUGCAGCUGGGACAGCAGCAUGGGCAAAGUGGGCAGACUCGACAAGCUACGCCUCCCCAGCAAAUGAUGAUGAUGUUGAUGAUGCAGCAGCAGCAGCAGCAACAACAGGACCAGAAGCCAGUGAGGCUUCCACUACAGCAUAAUGUCUUCAACCCUCGGGCAACUAUGAAUCCUGACACACAGAGAAUGCCCAUGCAGCAAGGUGGUAAUAUGUCUGUCAUGGUAAACUUACAGGGCUCUGGUUCCAUACCGCCAUCUCCUGACAAGCAGAGGAUGUCUGUGGUGUCCAACACAUCAUUAGGAAGCAAUGGUAGGAAGAUGGGAUUUCCAGAAAGUGGACAAAAUACAUCUGGGUCACCUUUGGGUGAGGGAUCUUCAGCAGGACCUCUUCCUGACAUCCCCGAGCUUACCACAGCACAUGGACCUCAAAGCAACAUUGCACAACAUUUGCUUAUCUCUCAGAAUCCAAUGAUGAUGGCUGGUUCAAAGGCAGGAGCUGCCUCAUCUAUUUCCCUGUCUCAAGGUACAAGUCCUCAACAGCAGCACUCCAACAACAUGGCUGGAUCUCAUGGGCUGCAUUACCAAAGUGUUCAAACUCAGUCACAGUCUUCAAGGCCAAAGACUCCCAAUAGAGCAAGCCCCAGACCUUAUUACCCUCAGACUCCUAAUAACCGCCCUCCUAGCACAGAGCCUUCAGAGAUUAGCCUUUCUCCUGAAAGACUUAAUGCCUCAAUUGCUGGUCUCUUUCCUCCUCAGAUCAAUAUUCCAUUGCCCCCUAGACCUACACUAAAUCGAGGUUUUGAUCAGCAAGGAUUGAAUCCAACUACCCUAAAAGCCAUAGGACAAGCUCCUCCUGGGUUCACUGUGAAUAAUCAAUCUACGUUUGUCCCACAUAUGAAUAAAAUGGAUAAUGGGACAGGAAAACCACCAACUGCUAGCGCUAACAAGCGAGCGAGCCCAAGCAACAGUAGACGUUCAAGCCCUGCAUCAAGUCGCAAAACCACACCAAGCCCUGGUAGGCAAAAUUCCAAGGCUGCUAAAAUGGGACUGGGAGGACCACAAACCGCUGGCGUUUUGCACAGUGUUGAGAUGCAAAGGAACAUAGCGAAUACUCAAGGUUCAAUGCAGACUCCUGCAACCGCACAUACAAGCGGACAGUACCCUGCCAUUUCUAUAGGAAGUGCAGCUGUCGCCACAGAUGAGAUCAAACAAAGUCCAAACAUUAUUACAGAGAAUGAGACUCACACAAUACAGUUGGUUCCCAAGGAACAAUCUACAUCAGACCCUAAAACAAGUGUUAACCAAGAAAUAAAAAUGGUGUCCUCUGAAGAAAUAUCAAAAAAAGAUUCACUGUACAUAGAUGCCCCCAAACUUCCAAGCGGUGAGGACGUGACUGCCAUUUCUCCAGCGAUGAGAGAUGCUCCAACAUCACUGAGUCAGUUACUGGACCAUUCUAAUGUCCCAAAUGUUAAUAUUAAGCCUUCAGGUUCACUUCCUGAACCGUCUCUCACAUUGACACCCACAGAAGACACAAAAUCAUCAGAAAUUGUUCCUUUGCAAGGAGAUGCGCUUAAUAAAGAUGCCACUUGUAUAACCAGCUCAUCCCAAAAUGCAGAGCCAAGUGCAUUUCAUUCAAGAUCAGAUACAGGAGAGGCUAACAUUAAUGUACCUUUGAAUUUUGCUGGUACCACUUUGAAGAGACCUGCUGGCCAAACAACGGUUUCCAGUCCUUUGCCCCCAAAUCAGAUUACGGUUUUUGUAACAUCAAACCCUAUCACCACCUCUGCCAGUGUAUCUGCACCCAUGGCUUCUCACCUACAGUCCACAUUAGUACCCACUGUGGUUACUAUGCCCAAAGUGGGGAAUAAAGUAAUGGUGUCUGAGGGGCAGACUCCUGUUCCGUCUAGUACACGCCAACAGUUUAUCACUCCAGUGUUCAUUAAUUCUUCCUCCAUUAUCCAAGUCAUGAAAGGAUCUCAACAAAGUAAUAUGCCUUCUUCCAACACUAACUUGAUGCCUCAGUCUGUUGCAGUCGUGGGACCAUUGCAUAUUUCCCAAAAUAUAAAAUUUCCUGGACCACCAUCAUCUACUGCUUCUUCCAGUAAUAGCUCCAGCCUGCCCACAGCCAGACCUACUCUCCUUAGCCCAGUUCAGACAACUGCCCAAUUUCCACCAUCUCAGCCUUCUUCGCCUCUUCCUCCACCACCUACCCAAUUACAGUGCAGCUCAGGAGACUCCAACUCACAGCCAGGUGCAUCUCCUGACCUGUGUUCUCCACCACCUUUACAACCUUCAAUGUCGCCAACACUUGACCAUAAUCUUGUACCAUCUGCCAGCAAGCUCUUAGCUCCACCCUCCAUAGGGCAUACCAAAGUUGACAAGAUUGGGCAACUCUUACUAACAAAGGCAUGCAAGAAUGGCACUGAUAAUGCAGACCAGAGUGUUGAAAACUCUGAUGCAAACUGCACCAAUGUUAGUGGACCUGGCAGAACCCCACCACUACACAGUCAGAUCACUACAGAGAACAGUAGCACUUCCACCAUUUCCAUGGAUCAUAAGGGAUCUGUAGCGAGCACUCCUGAUGAGUUUCUACCUUUUCCGUCCCCCAACCCACCUAUAAUGGUCACUGAAAAAAAUGAGAGCAGAUUGGCAGAGCAAAUUGGCACAUUUGAAGAAAGUGUUCCAGAACAGAUCUUAGAUACAGUUACUUCUCAAAACACGGCACAGGAGGAAGGUACAGACAGCGAGAAACACGGUGCUCCUGAUAAAGUCGAUGCAGAGUUACAAGAGAAUAUAGAAAGUGAACCAGCAGAGAGGUCAAGGCCCCCCAGCCGAAGAAAUUCCAGAAUGGAGGAAUUUCCCAUACCUCAGGAUAUGUUGGAGAGUGGACAACGAAAGCGUUCCGCCCGUCCCAGCUCUGCAUCCAGUUCAAUUAAAGAAUCUGGAGCCAGCCCCACUCAACCCAAACGUAGGAAGUCCAAGUAGAUAUUGUUUUUCUUUUUGUGUGUGUGGUUUUUUUUUAAUACACGUCUGCUGACAGAUGUAUAUGUUCGUGAGCUGUGGUAUAUCUCUAUUUUUUUAUCAACUGGAGGUUAAUAUGCUUGUACAAUACUCAUUGUUUUUAUUAUUUCCUGCUCCUGUGUGGGGAAACUGUUUUUGUUUUUUUAAAUGAAUCUAGUUGUUAAACUACCUACCCUCCCUCUGGCUUGUAAAGCCCUUUUCUUCUGAAGCAGAGCGGAGUAGGUCCGUGAUUAUACUACAAAAAAAGAAAAAUGACACAACCGUUGUUGCUAUUAUCAGAUAAGUGUGUCCUACUCCAUUGUAGUGUACGUUCAUUGUAAGGAAAUGAGGCACAUAAAGACUCAGGGGGAUCGGUAUAGGAUCCUGCGGUUGAGAUCUCGGCGGUCAGAAGACCAACGCCGGGAACCCAACAGCCAGAAUCCCGACAGUGAGUGAAGCGCGCCUGCUCGCCACGCUUCGGGCCCGAUGGCACCCUUCAGACGCCACACUAUUUUAUAUUACCCCUCGGGCGGUGGCGUGUUCCACCACCCGAGUGGGAAUACCGGGCUUGGGUCGGGAUUCCGUCCGCCGGCAUUUCCUCGGCUUUCGGGAUUCCGGCAUGUGUAUCCUGACCGUCGGGAUCUCGACAGCCGGUAAUUUAACCGCAUACCGAAUCAGGAUGUUUUUCCUUUACACGUGUCGGCAGUAACACAUAUUGGGCUUGUAAUGCUCCAUGCACAAGUCAUUCUAAGGACAUAAGCACAGAUUCACAGCUUAUUCAUGUAUCAUUGUAUCUUACACAAGCAGUUAUGUUUUGCUUCUCAUAGAAGAGAUGUAAUGCAUUCUUUAUGUCAGUUAUAUUCUAAGGUGUGUUUUUUUAUGUCAUGGUGCAAACAGCAAUGAGGUGUGAUAAUCCAUAGCACGCUAUCAAAUACAAGCUAUCAGCAGCCUUGUGUAAGUAGACUGAUGAAAGCUAUUAUCUGAUUUGUUGCUGUGGGGUACAGCACAUCAGUCCUACAUGCACAGGGUUAAUAUUAAGUCCCAUUGUAUGAUCUAUAAGGGCACAUAAGAUAAGUAAGGAUCAUUCAUCACCACAAGACUCCUCAAGCUCACAAGGAUAAUCAAAUUUGCAUGCACUCACAUAUGGGCUGUACAUCAGAUGGAGAAGAAAAAAAUAAGCACAGUAUGAAAUCUCCCAUUUUGUAUGUAUAUAUAUUAUAUAUUAGAUAACUGGAUCCAUUCUGCACCUUAUUUGGGGGGCAGCCCAAAGUGAGUCCCAAACAUAGUUUCUGAUUUCAUAGCUCCAUCACCAAAUAAAACAUUUGUACAUACAUUGACAGGUAAAAGCUGAUGUGAAUAGAUACAUUAUUUGUCAAUGCUCCCAUUGCAUCAACACAAUGGAGACAGACCCUUUGUGGUCCUGAACAGGUUGUGUGAUAAUUCAGUUUAUCACAUCCCUGGGAACUAGUGACAUCACUGAGGCAUACUGUAAGAGAUAUGCCACUGGUUCUGUUUGCUACAUUUUCUGCAUGGAGGCAAUAAAUACAUUUUUAGAUACUUAUUAUAGUUUAGAUACUAGAGAAUGCACACAUAAUUAUGAAGACAGUUAAUGAUCUACUUCAUUUAUACCGUAAGAUAAAAGAAAAAAUGUUUGGAUCCACCACCCCAUCCCCUUUGGGUUUCUACCAGAUCUAUUGAAUAACUCAAACACCUCCUAUUUUGUGUUGUUAAAGUACUGUAUUUAUAUAGCAGAAUGUAAUAAGGUGUCAGCUAGGAGACUGUAAUGAUGUAAAUAAUUUUAACAAUCAUAUGGUUAAUUUGUUGUAGAAUUGGACCAGUGGAAACAAUGUUUGUAACAAAUAUGUGGAUGUUUUAAAAUUAAAUGGUUUCUUUUCUUACAAAA